GCAGAUGCCAUGACCUUCACCUUCACAUUCCUGCUCUGUCCGGGACUAACUCUGGGCCUCUGGAUCCCGGGGCUGGCAUGGACCCUUUCUAAGCCUAUCCUAAGGGUACAACCAGAAUCUGUGGUCUCUAAGCAUACUAAUGUGACGUUGCUAUGUGAGGGUGCCAGAGGAGCCAAGCAAUAUUAUCUCUAUAAAUUGGGAAGCCCGUAUUCAUGGCCCAUGAAUUCCAAGAUUCCACUGGAGCCUGGGAAUAAGGCUGAAUUCUCCAUCUCAAAAGUUGAGUCACACCACGCAGGGCUAUACCACUGUUACUAUCGUACCCAGGUCGGAUGGUCAAAGGACAGUGAAUUCCAGGAACUGGUUGUGACAGGAAUCUACAGUAAACCUAGACUAUCAGUCCAGCCCAGCCCUGUAGUGACCCCAGGAGAGAAUGUCACUCUCCAGUGUGUUUCAAAGCAGAAAUAUGACAGGUUUAUUCUGACUAAGGAAGGACCAGAGAAGCUCUCCUGGAUGCUGGACUCACAAUAUAAUCACUCAACUCAACAGUUCCAAGCCUUGUUCUCUGUGGACCCUGUGACCAUCAGCCAGAGGUGGAUAUUUAGAUGCUAUAGCUACCACAGGAGUGAACCACAAGUGUGGUCAGAACCUAGUGAACCCCUGGAUCUCCUGUUCUCAGGGACCCUCCAAAAAUCCACCAUCAAGUCAGAAUCAGGCUCUAUAAUUGCUUCAGGAAGUCCAAACACCAUCUGGUGUCAGGGAACGCUGGAUGUAGAGCUAUAUGUUCUCCAUAAAGAGGGAAGUCAAAAACCCUGGAUCAUGAAGACUCCAGAGGAGUCUGGGAACAAGGCUAAGUUCUCUAUCCCUUCUGUGACACAACAACAUGGGGGGCAAUAUCGCUGCUACUGUUACAGCUCAGCUGGCUGGUUAGAGCACAGUGAUACCCUGGAACUGGUGGUGACAGGAAUCCACUACUAUAAACCCAGCCUGUCAGUCCUACCCAGCCCUGUGGUGACCUCAGGAAGGAACAUGACUCUCCAGUGUAUCUCCUGGGUGAGAUAUGAAAAGUUCAUUCUUACCAAGGAAAAUGAGAAGUUUACCAGCUCCCUGAAUGCACAGUACAUAUAUCCUACUGGGAACUACCAAGUCCUGUUUUCUAUGGAAAACAUGACUCCAGACCAUGCAGGGACAUUCAGAUGUUAUGGUUACUACAGGAAUACUCCACACUUGUGGUCAGUACCCAGUGAACCCCUGGAAAUACACAUCUUAGGACCUAUUGGAACAUCCACCAUGCCACCCUUGAGGCCAGUGUCAACUGCUAUACUGGAAAUGUACCUGAAGAUUCUUACUGGGAUCUCCCUGGUUUGCCUCCUGUUCCUCUUCAUCCUCAUCUUUAUCCUGCUCCUAAGAAAUCAUCAAGGCAUAUUCAAAAUGUAUGAUGUUUCAAUGGAGGACAUGCAGUCUGAGGAUGAUGUGGACCUGGACAGUUGGAGACCAGCUGAGGAACAACCGCAGGGAGAGAUAUAUGCCCAGGUGAAACCCUCCAAGCUAAGGAGGGCAGGAGCUUCCUACCCUGUUAUGUCAAGAGAAUCCCUGGAAACAAAAGUUGGACAAGUAGAAGAGGGCAGAGAGACGGACAGUCAGGUUGCAAAAUAUGAAGGCCCGCAAGAUGUGAUCUAUGUCCAGAUGUGCGGGAGGACACUCAGACUAGGGAUAGUUUCUUCUCAUCAUUUCUAGGCAGGGGAGAACCCUAAGGAGUCUGUGGUAUAUGCUACUCUGGAAGGCACUGGACCAAGUCCUGUUUUCAAGAACAAGGAGUAAUGACCCUCUGACUGCCAGGUUGUGUAACAGUGACUGCAAGGGGAUUCUGGAAAAUUUUGGGAACCUGAUUUCACUUUUAAGUAACAUUUCACAUUUUUGGAAAUAAAACAGGAGAUUUUUCAA